AAUCAUGAUGCCCAUGCAGACAGAGGCAUUAUUAUCCGAGACAGAGCACAGUAAAGAAAGGCAAUCACAGCAAACGGUCAGGUCUCUAGAAGAUUCAUCAUGUCAGGUUCACCUGAGAUUGAGGAAGUACCAGCAACACAAACAGGGCCCAAAGGUGUGAUCCAUGACUGGAGGAAAUUCAAACUUGAGAGUGAGGACCAUGAAAGCAUCCCUCCCAACAAGAGAGAGCUCCUCAGACAGAUGUCCAACCCCAAAUCCAAUAAUGACGACACCCAUGGAAAGAUAGGCCGCAAGAUGAGCGUUCAGGAAUACGAGAUGAUCCAAGAAGAGGACGAAGCGUGUCUGCGUAAGUAUCGCAAGCAGUGCAUGCAAGAGAUGCACGGACGGCUGAGUUUCGGGCCUAAGUUUGAUGCCGUGUUUGAGUUGGAUAGCGGGGAGGCCUUCCUGGAUGUCAUCGAGAAAGAGCACCGCCUGACAGUAGUGGUGGUGCACAUCUAUGAUGACGGGAUCGGAGGUUGUGUCGAACUCAACAACUGCUUGACCUGCCUGGCAGCAGAAUAUCCCACCGUCAAAUUCUGCCGAAUCCGAGCCUCUGCCACCGGGGCGGGCGAGCGUUUUCCAGACGACGUUCUGCCCACCCUGCUGGUGUACAAGGCUGGAGAGCUGCUGGGCAACUUCCUGUGCUUAACAAAGCACCUGAAUGAGGAGUUCUUUGCCACGGAUGUGGAGAACUUCCUAAAUGAAUACGGGCUGUUGCCAGAGAAAGAGAUGGCAGCCUGUCCCGAUGAGGAAGAGAACACGGAUGUGGUUGACUAA